AGAUAUAGCACAUCAAAGAAGUGAGUUUGAGAGAGAGGAGUGGAUCGACAUGAGAGGGCCAUACCCACAGCCACCAACAUCAGUCACCCUUCUACCAGAAGACGGUGACGAUGGCCUCAAAACCACCACCCCCGCCACCACAACCGCCGUCACCGGACUCCGUAAAAAGGCGACGGGAGUCCGUCCCUGGCUUUCCCUAGACUCCACCGGCCAAACUCAGGUGGUGGAGGCAGGCAAGCACGCCAUCAUGCGGCGCACGGGCCUUCCGGCCCGCGACCUCCGCAUUCUGGACCCACUCCUCUCUUACCCCUCCACAAUUCUUGGCCGUGAACGGGCCAUCGUCAUCAAUCUCGAGCACAUUAAGGCCAUCAUUACCGCCCAUGAAGUCCUCUUACUCAAUUCCAGAGACCCUUCUGUCAUACCUUUCGUUGAGGAGCUUCAACGGAGAAUCUUGCGCCACCACCACGCCACCAAAGCUCAGGAGGGAGGGGUGAAUGGAAAUGAUACAAACUGGGCGAAUUUGUAUGAUGGGGAAGAGCCAAAAUCAGGGGCAGUUGGCCCUCGAAAAUUUUCCGGCGGCUUCCCGGAGAAGAGAGAGGAGGGUAAGGCAGAUGUAAAACAAACACUGGAAAAUCGAGAUGGGCUGAAGCUUCUUCCCUUUGAGUUUGUUGCAUUGGAGGCGUGUCUUGAGGCUGCUUGCAGUUCCUUGGACAAUGAAGCAAGGACAUUGGAGCAAGAAGCUCAUCCGGCCCUGGAUAAGCUGACUUCAAAAAUCAGUACUCUCAAUUUGGAACGCGUUCGUCAGAUAAAAAGCCGAUUAGUUGCUAUAACCGGACAUGUGCAAAAGGUCAGGGACGAGUUAGAGCAUUUGCUAGAUGAUGAUGAGGAUAUGGCUGAGAUGUAUCUGACUGAGAAGCUUGUGCAACAACAUAUUGAAAAUUCUUCUCUUUCUUCUAUAAAUGAUCAAGAUGGCAUGGAUGAUGAAGUACUUCAGUCAGACAUGGAUGGCAGAGUUCCUGCUGAAAUCUCGUUGGAAAGUAAUGGGGGUGCCAUCAUUUCUGAAGGUGAUUUUCAACAUAUUGACAACCAUCAGGAACUGCUAUUUGGCGCACACAGUGUAAUUAGUAGAGACAUCCAUGGGCCACAUACAAGUACCACACGUAGUGCUAUAAGCAAGCAACUUGAUGUGGAGGAGCUUGAAAUGCUCUUGGAGGCAUAUUUUGUUCAGAUUGAUGGUACCCUGAAUAACCUAUCCACUCUGAGGGAGUAUGUUGAUGACACAGAAGACUACAUCAACAUCAUGCUGGAUGACAAACAGAACCAUCUCUUGCAAAUGGGGGUCAUGUUAACAACAGCAACCCUGGUGGUGAGUGCAUUUGUUGUUGUAGCAGGCAUUUUUGGUAUGAAUAUCAAGGUUGAUCUGUUCAAAGAAGAAAAGGCUGGGAUGCAAGAGUUCCUCUGGACUGUUGGCGGCGGUGCCACUGGAAGCAUUUUCUUAUAUGUGAUUGCAAUUUCCUGGUGUAAGCACAAAAGAUUGCUGGAUUGACUAUAUGCCAUGUAAUCUAGUGCCUGUUAGUUGUUAUAUAUUGUUUUGUUUUUUAUGUACUCAAUAAAGAAAGUUGAUUUUAGACAAUUAAACCUGUAAUUAUUUGUAGAUUUAAGAUGCAGUUUAUUUUCUCCUAGCACUUCUUCCUCCAAGAUGAAGGUGUAAAAAAAUUGCUAUGCAAUUAGGUAUCUCC